UGUGCUCGCUGAAGAGUGGCACUCUGAAAGGUAACAUCAGGAGGAGUGAAUCAUGCAGUCCUCCACACCCAUGACUCCUUUCCCUCCCCAACCAUCCUCUCAAAUCUAUACACUACUACUCAAUCUUAUUUUUAAGCGCUCCCAAACACAGAGGGGAUGUUUCACAGUGAUUGAGUGGACUGGGAUAGAAAGUAGUUUUGCAUACAUUUGCAAAAAAAGGAAGGAGGUGACGUGAGGUAAUAGCGCAGACAGAUGUUUUACUGAGCGCGAGGAUGCGCGCAAUGACAGAUUCAAGGCGUAAUUACUGUGUGACUUUAAAGUGGCGCGCGCUCGUGUUGCGUUGUUACGUCGAUGAUGUGUAAAUGUAAAGCUUGUUUGCAUGUCUGAGUCCUGGCAGCGCAGUCAGUUUAGCUCUCUUAUUGAAAAUAAGCACAAUCAGAGGCGGAACUUGCAGAACUUUUUGCCCCACUAAAGUAGGACAUAAUGCCUGUUCGACGCGGACACGUUGCGCCUCAGAACACCUUCCUGGACACCAUCAUUCGAAAAUUCGAGGGUCAAAAUCGCAAAUUCAUUAUAGCCAAUGCUCGAGUUGAAAACUGUGCCAUUAUCUUUUGCAAUGAUGGUUUUUGCGGCAUGUGCGGCUACACACGUGCAGAGGUCAUGCAGAAGCCGUGUACCUGCAGUUUUCUGUAUGGACCGCAUACUGGACGACCAGCGGUGGCCCAGAUGACCAAAGCCUUACUGGGCUCUGAAGAAAGGAGAGUGGAGAUCUCCCUAUAUAGGAAAGAUGGUGUGUGUUUGCCGUGCUUUGUGGAUGUGGUUCCAGUUAAGAAUGAGGAUGGCUUAGUCAUCAUGUUCAUCCUGAAUUUUGAGCUGGCAGAUCAGCAGGACAGACCCUUCGACAGCUCACCAGGCAGAGAGAUCAACCACAAACACACCAUCCCAUGGCUCUCUAAAGCUAAAAGGCGGCGUCUCAGGCUGCCCCUGCCCUUGCUGCGCUCCCUGAGUGGCAGUAAACAGUCUGUGAAUGAAGAUUCUGAAAGAGGCCCCAUGCAGCCGAUGCCCCAUAUGGGCCAUGAGUCCGUAACCCUGGACAAACUGCUCUCCCUGCCUGAGCGCUCUGCACUGGGAGGAUCUCAGCAAUUUUUUUGGGAAGAUAAGGCACAGAAUGAGCCUGAAAGUGAGCCAGGGCCAUCAGAAGCAUCCCCACCCCUGCCUCACGGCUUCUCUCAGUCCUCCCCUCGUCUGCACAACCUCACCUCAGAGGCAUCUCCAUCAACCUGCAGCAUGGCACACAGCCGCUCCUGCGAGAGCCUGCGGCCCUCACCCUCCACCAGUGACUUCAACUGGGACAGGAAACUGCCCGUCAGACCCAGUAGCGCAGGUGCCAUGCACUACAAAGCCAGCUUGCAGAAUGCUACUUCCGAUUCAGAUCUCAUUCGGCUCCGGACCUCAGCUCAGGGCCCCCGAAUAUCACACACCUUAACAGAUAUGAAGCCAGACCCCUUAAUCGCUGUUCCACCGGGUGAGAUUGACAUAAUCUCCCCCUGCAAACUGAUAGACCGGACCCAUAACGUGACAGAGAAAGUCACUCAGGUGCUGUCUCUGGGUGCAGAUGUCCUUCCGGAGUAUAAGCUCCAGGCUCCCCGAAUCCACAAAUGGACCAUUUUACACUACAGUCCCUUCAAAGCAGUCUGGGACUGGGUCAUCUUACUGCUGGUCAUCUAUACGGCGAUCUUUACACCGUAUUCGGCUGCGUUCCUGCUCAGCGAUGAGGAAGAGGCCGCCAUGCAGCGCUGCGGCUACUCUUGCAGUCCACUCAAUGUGGUAGACCUCAUUGUGGAUAUCAUGUUCGUAGUGGACAUUGUGAUUAACUUUCGCACAACCUACGUGAACAGCAAUGAUGAAGUGGUCAGUCAUCCCGGCCGAAUAGCCAUCCACUAUUUUAAAGGCUGGUUCCUCAUAGACAUGGUGGCUGCCAUUCCUUUCGACUUGCUCAUUUAUCGCUCUGUGGAAGAUACGACAACUCUGAUUGGUCUGUUGAAGACUGCUCGGCUGCUGCGAUUAGUGCGUGUGGCGCGUAAACUCGAUCGCUACUCCGAGUAUGGAGCCGCGGUGCUCUUUCUCCUCAUGUGCACCUUUGCAUUAAUUGCUCACUGGCUGGCCUGCAUCUGGUAUGCUAUUGGGAAUGUGGAGAGGAACGGCCCGUCUCGGAUCGGUUGGCUUGAUUCUUUGGGUGAUCAGCUGGGGAAGCCAUAUAAUAAGACAAAUCCUGCAUCAGGACCCUCUAUUAAAGAUAAAUACGUCACUGCCCUCUACUUCACCUUCAGCAGCCUCACCAGCGUGGGAUUUGGAAACAUCUCCCCAAACACCAACUCUGAGAAGAUCUUCUCAAUCUGUGUCAUGCUUAUUGGAGCGCUGAUGUAUGCUAGCAUAUUUGGAAAUGUGUCAGCCAUCAUCCAGAGGCUGUACUCUGGCACCGCGCGUUACCACACUCAGAUGCUGCGGGUUCGGGAGUUCAUCCGUUUCCACCAGAUCCCCAACCCACUCAGGCAAAGGCUGGAGGAGUAUUUUCAGCAUGCUUGGUCCUACACUAAUGGCAUUGACAUGAAUGCUGUGCUAAAGGGGUUCCCAGAGUGCUUACAAGCAGACAUCUGUUUGCAUCUGAAUCGUACACUGCUGCAGAACUGUAAAGCUUUCAAGGGCUCCACUAAAGGUUGCUUACGUGCUUUGGCUAUGAAGUUCAAGACAACACAUGCUCCACCUGGAGACACCUUGGUCCACGCUGGUGAUGUCAUUUCAGCACUAUACUUCAUUUCUCGUGGCUCCAUUGAGAUCUUAAAGGGAGAUGUGGUAGUGGCCAUUUUGGGCAAGAAUGAUGUAUUCGGAGAGCCCAUUAACUUAUAUGCGCGUCCUGGAAAGUCAAGUUCUGAUGUGAGAGCACUUACGUACUGUGACCUGCAUAAAAUCCACAGAGAUGAUAUAGUGGAGGUCUUGGACAUGUAUCCAGAGUUCUCAGACUACUUCUGGAGCAACCUGGAGAUCACCUUCAACUUGAGAGAUACUAACACUAAAGCUAGGUCAAUUAGCAGUGACACUGAAGAUUCUGACCAUGGCUGUCUUGACCAUAACACACGAAGAGCAAAGCUGUUCUUCCAGUCGAACAGAAACUCUAUCCAACAAGCAGAUACAGAGAAAACUGAAGAAAAUCUCAAUAAGGCGACUUUCAGAACUCAGAAUUCAAGCAAGCAGCACAAGGAUAGACAAGCUGCUCAUCGGGACUCCCAGUCCAGCAGUGAUGAAGAGGAAGAGACCCGACGGCCCACUGCGAUAGUAGACAGCUCUCAGAGCCGUAUCACUAGUGUCAGCAAUGCUAAUGGAGACAAGAACCACAACAGCAGCAACUCUUUCAAUGCACUGUCAGGUGCUCUUUCUGGGGUUUCUAACAUCUUCAGCUUCUGGGGGGACUGUCGUGGCCAUCAGUACCAGGAAGUACCCAGCCACAGCAUGUCCUUACCCUCAUCUUCGGUGCCCUCUAAUACUGUUCUGCACAGUGUUACCCAUCAUCAUUGCACUGAGGUAGAGAAUAGACUGGAAAUGAUGCAGAGACAGCUCCACCGUUUGGAGAAGCGCAUGUCAACAGACAUGGGGGCCAUAAUGCAGUUGCUUCAGAGGCAGAUGGUACUAGUUCCACCAGCCUACAGCUCUAUGACUUCCCCUGUAGAAGCAUCUCUUAAUCCUCCCAAACCAGGCCGGAAAUUGGUGUAUCCUGUCAACCCUUUAGAGACAGAAACACCAGCCAUUCUCUCUGAGAUACUUGACCCCCACGAAUUUGCUGGCAGUGCCAAAAAGUCCAGUGAAAGUCUGUUAGGCGCAAUGGAGCUCCAGCUCCUGGACUCUUCCUUACAGCCCUCCUCUGAGACUCCUUCUGGGGCUUAUACGGGACGAUGGCCACAUGGCAUGGGCCACAAUGCAACAAAUGUCCCUGAUUAUCUUCCAGCUCACACUGAUCACCAACAAACAGUCAUAGAUGAUCGAGGUAGUUGUAGUUUUUUGGAUGCAGAGCCUAUUGGAACUGUUCACCAUUCAGAGUCUGGACUGAGGUUAGAUUUGGAGUGCUCAAGACGCCUAUCACUGCCAGUGCAUCAUCAAGUAGAGGAUGAUUCCUCAAUCCAAAAACGACAUGCCUCUAAUCCAGGGUGUUAAGAUUGAAACUUUUAUUCAAAAUCUCAGUGGAAAACAAUGCAUACAUCCUAACGGCCACAGCAAUGUUGGCAGGGUGUUUUGAAGUCCUUCUACUUCAGGUUCAUAUGAAUUACCUCAAAGAGUCUAACGUUGAGGCAUUAUUAAUGUCCCUGUGGUUUGGAAGAUUUGUGUUAGCUGGUCUAACGGUACUUGUUUUUAUCUGCCUCUUUGCGAAAGUGUUUUCUCGUUAUUUUGAGGUGUGAAUGUAUGAUUUCAUUAGCGUAUCAAUUUUUUUAACAGUGUGGUUUUGUGUUGAAUUGAUUGUUUGUUUGGAUGUCUUGGACAUAUUGUAGCAAUACACUGGAAAGUCCUAUCAGAGUAUGAUUUAUUAGGGUUUAAAUGGUCAUUUGGAAAUUUUAUCUCAGGUGGAGGAACCCGAAGCUCAUCUCUAGUAGCUGAAAUACCUCAUAGAGUGAGUUAUUCCAGGGAACACCGGUGAAUCCUGCUGAACAACAUGCCCAUAGUUUACAUGACAGAAAGCAUGUGUUUAUAUCUCUCAAGGCCAUCCAGUGCACAGAUUUUCCCUUCAGAAUAUGUUAUCACUCCAAGUAUAUAAUCAUCAAUUUGGCUAAAAGGUCAAAAUCUGAUUUAGACAGUUUAUGAAUGAAAACCCAUUUUGAUCAUAAUCCAUAUUAUUAGUGCAAUUAGUGUUGAAAUAUACAUAUAUAUAUAUAUAUAUAACACAUGAUAUCAGUUAGCACUGGUUCAUGCCAAACACAUCCAGUAGUAAGCCAUACUAUAAAUGUGAAAGAUAUUUAUAGGGAAUGUGGAUUAUAGAAAGAGUAUAGCUUGCAAUGUUAAUAUGUAUUAUAACUUGUAAUUUAUUGCAAAUCUCAGUAGGAAUAUUUAUUGUUAGCUUACUAUAAAUUGAUUA